AUGGACGUUCAGUCAAAGAUAAACUGUUCUCUGGAUGAUCUUAUCAGACAGCAGAGGAGGGGUCCCAAGACCGCGGCUGUCGGCACACCACAAAAGGGCGCAGCCCCUCAACGCUUCAGCAGGACUACAGGAGUUUUAAAGAAACCAGUAAGCCAGAAGCAACAGCAAGCAAGGAUUGGCCAGAGGCCGCAGCAGCAACAACUCAAAUACAGCCCAAGACCGCAGCAGCCACAGGUUGGCGCUAGCCGGCGACGGCAGCAGCAGCAGCAACAGCAGCAGGCAAGGAAGAGCCGCAACCUUAGCGUCGCCGACAAGAUUAAUUUGCCUCUGGAUGCGCUGAUUGCAUCGCGCCAAGAGCAGCAGCAACGGCAGCAGCCGAAACAGCAGCAGCAGCAGCAGCAGCAGCGAGUGGGUACAGGAGUUGCGUUACUUGGGAGGAAAACGGGUGUUAGUGGCCGUCGCGGCACAAUUUUAGCAUCACGAAUAUCGGCACGCCGAGGGCGGCUUGGUGCUGCUGCUGCCGCUACAGCAGCUAUUCGCGGACCACCGCGAGGCGCAGCUGCAAAGGCACUUGCAACAACAGCCAGGAAGGAGGGGAGGUUUCGCACACCCCACCAGCAAGUUGUAGAGACGCUGAAGUCAGCUGCAGGUUUCAAGAACGCAGCAACUCGCCGCAGCGCAGGUAGUAAUGCCUACAUUCGGGCCGCAGCAAGGGCGUCAACAAGGGCCAGAUUUGCCGCAGCAGGAAGUAGACGCCUAGAUAACGGCGCGCUGCAGUUGAGAAGGCGGCCUGCCGCAGCACUUUAUCCAGUAUCGAGGUUGAAUACCUCCUUGGCUCGCAGACGGGCGUUCGGAGCAACGCUAGCAAGGGCAACUAGUAACACUGCUGCUGCACAGGAGCCUCAUAUCACCACUGGCACUGCAGCGAAACCAGUCGACAGAAGAAGGCCACCCCCAACACUGUUAUCAGCCCCAGCAGCAGGCGCAGUCUCACCGCCUUCGCAUGUUGCAGAUCCUGAAGCACUAGCGAACAUCAAGAUUAUGGCAACCUUGGAUACUGUUCCGGCUCCCUUGCCGCAGCAGCGAGGCACCCACGUCGCCAUUCCUGCUGCAAUGCAGAGGCAACAGGAAGAGCAGCAGCAGCAGCCCUCCAGGGCAGUUGGCGCUGCUGUCGCUGACCACGGUAGCUUGAGCAGCAGAUUUGGCUACUAG